AUGAACGAGGCUAAUAUAUCACGGUACGCUUUUCGAGCAACACUGGACCGAAUACCCGAAACCGACGGAGAAAAACUUUUGAACACUCAUGGAAAGAGAAAGUCCAAUAGCGGGGAAAGAACACAACAAAAAUCUGGCUUAACAGAGAACAACGCAGAAGCAGAUAUGAAAGCCAAUGAAAAAUCAUUUGAACAAAAGGAAAGAGUUUCCUCGGUGGCAGAAAACGAUACCCACGAGGUUAAAAAGUUGGCGAAAUUGAGUCCUGUUAUAAGUGGUAACAAAAACAAAGGGACUAAUUUGAGAAGCAUUGACCUUUAUGCCCAGCAAAAAAGCCAAUUUGAGCUCAAAGGUGCUCCAACUAGAGUAGCGUUUUCGUACAAAAUGAUCCCAAACGAUCUUGUUAGCAGAGAGCCACCUGAUAAACUGCAACACCUAAGCGCUGAAGAUGUUGUUUUUCCACGAAUUGUAAUGUACCAGUGGGAAGUCCACGAGAAACCCAAACUUAUCAAACCUAUCAGGCCGCGGAAAUCGCUUAAAAAGCUUCACAGGAUACCCACAGGAAACACAGAACAGGACUACCACCCACCUUGUUUAGAAGAAGAGGGAGAAGACAACUUAAAUGACAACGUACUGAGACCAGAUAGCUCUGCAUUUAGAUUUCCACAGGCUCCUCCACCAACUCCAAAAUGCGAAAGUAGUAAGGAACUUUACCUGCUAAGGACCAAAUCACCAGAACCAAAUCGUUCAAAGCUUGGUUAGCCCCUGCCUAGUCCUUAAGCAUUAUCUUUUGCCAAGUAUGAAAAAGGUUGACAGAGUUUCUCCGGGUGAUGUCACACACCCCAGGUUUGACCGAGCCGUGAACCCCUAAAGAUUACUGAGGCUGAUUUGCCCUAUUUCUGGGUUUACUGAAAUGUCAGGAGAACAGCCGUUCACAACGGUUUUUUUAGAAACUAACUGCUAUAUAAGUGGUAAAAACCUUAGAAUGCAGAGAUCCACUCACUGGUAAAUAAAACCAACUGGUUCCUCCUUGCCAGAUCUCUAAUGUAGAGAUGCGCUAGAGCCAGACGUCACUUGAACUGGAAAUUAAAACCAACCUAAAUGCAAGGCUGGCAAAAGUACGGCAAAGGGUUGACUUAUUUUGGGGCCAAUAUUUUGGGUAACAAACUUAGCCUUGCUCAGGGCCAGAGCUACACUUAAAGAAAAUACCAAAAUAGCUCCUGAAAUUUGAAAUUUACAUAAGAGUUAAUGAGAAACUAUGGUAACUAGCCCUAGAUUUGAACUUUAUCCUCAUUCAAAACAACUCAGACCCCGUCAUUAGAGCUGGCCAGUGGAACCAGUAAAUAAAAUGCUUUGUUAAAGAGGUAACCACAUACACUGUACUUUAAAUAGAGUUACUUUAAGCUAAAAAAAAUGAUUUAAGGACUUUUUACAACCAGUGAAACCCUUAAGUGAUAGAUGGACUGACUGAAAUGAUGUACAAUAUUUAACACAUAUAAGUAAAAACAGAAGAUUAGCUGUACUUAAAUGCAAGUGAGAUAUAAGAGAAAUGUUGCUCAUUACCUCCCUCUUUCUGGAUUCAUUUUCAUCCAAGGACUAAGUACAUUAAGUACACAUUUUAAAAUUCUUUUAAAACCUACUUAGAGAUAUCUUUAAUAAUAAAUAAUAAUAAUAAUAAUAUUUUAUUUAUAUAAGUACCAGUGGCUACCUGGCAACCUAAUUUUACCUAUGGGCAACAAUAAACUUCUGCACUUGACUCCUUACAAUUUUUCUUUUUGCACAGCCUUGAGUACUAUGUAUAUUAAACAGGGUUUCUAUAUUUCCUUAACUGUAUCCUAUAAAUAUCUCAUCUCUGCAUUGAAGCUUUCUUUCCCUUCUAUUAACAAUCUUAGCCCCGGAAAAUUCAUAGAAUUUGCAGCACAAUGUACCUCAUCGUGUAAAUUAGUUUUCUGAAAAGUUUUUUUUUGAAACACUCCGCAAAUCUGCAUUAAAAAAUAGUACAACUAGGAAUAAUCGGAGCUUAGGAGAGUGCGUUCAAUAUGUUUGUUAGGCGUACAGGUAGCAGUUGAGGGGGAAGGGUGGUUGCGAUAUAGAUAAAUAUGAUUAUGGCAUAUUUUGAACGUAAGGGUUGCGUACAGCGAAACCUCUAUUUAAACUGUGUAUCAUUAUAAGAAGGUUUCGAAAAAAUAUCGUAUGGUUCGGUGUCAAGUGCUUGUAAUCAGAGGAGACAUUGGCCAGAGUGCUUCGGGCGUGUAAAUAGAACAUUUUGUUUUACUGGCGCGAGUUACAGGGCGCAGUUGCUCAAAGGCCGAUUAGUGCUUAACCCGGGAUUCAUUUUCUUUCUUCAAAAACAAUUCUUCGGAUAAUUUUCUCUGUUAUUUUUAAGAGCAUCCAAUCAUCAACUUGUUGACAAAAUGAAUUACAUUGAAUUUACUGUUUUAAAAGCUUUCACAUCUGAAUUCAAACUUCUCACUAACCCUGUCAAAGCCUUUAAUGGAAUGUGUGUGCGGCUCACGUCAAUAACUUUUUCAAUAAUUUGAUCGAGCGUGUCGAUUCAAGUGACUUGAGAGUGGCGCUACUGUGGGCUGGUUUAUAAGUUUUUCCUAAUAAAUAACCUAGAGUUAAAGUGUUUGUUUGUCCGGUGCCUAAAAUAUUACAAGUCAUGAUCAAAUGGGGCCGCCAAACUUCACACCUCUGUAGAUUUACUUUGUGGCACAACCGCUGCCGAGCUACACAACUCGGUAGAUUUACUUUGUGACACAACGGUCGUCGAGCUACACAACUUGGCAAAUUUACUUUGUGGCACAAAGGGCUGCCAAACUAAACCCGGUUUGAUGCAUGCACCAGGAGUCGCAGACAUUUUCCAAAGACAGUGAUGAACCAUGCUGAAAAAUAUGAAGGCUUAAUCUAAAGUAAAAUUUAACAGCAAACUUCUGAAAGAUGAACGCUUUGGACGAUUCAACAAGCACAGAUUGAUGUACGCUUUACGAAGAUUCAGCAAACUUUUUAAAAGAUAAACGCUUUACGAAGACAGAAUAUCAGACCUCGGCAAACCUUUGAAAGAUGAACGCCACAGACACAAGAAUCACCACAUAAGUUAGCGCGUCAAAGUGAGGCAACCCGUAAGCAAGCGCCUCAAAGCAAGGCAAAUGUGUGUCGACGACAAAAAUGCAAUCUCAAAAAAACCUCCCUUAUUCAUUGCACAGGACACCCAAUAAUGCACAGAACACCCAACACAAAUUAGGGGUUGUGUUCUCGUACCUUGAACGCAAUCAAUCAUUCAAAUUGUUUUUUCAGAGGUUUUGAUUGGCCUGUGUGACUGGUGAUUAUAUAUUUCCUGACCUGCAGAUUAACUGCUUUUUAUAUGGACAAAGGUCUGCUCAUGAACUGUAGAGGAAAAAGUCAUCUUUGCUGUGGAAGAUUCUAUGGCUGUGCGCAGUCAAAUGUUCAGCCCAAAUGUUUUUCUUAUUCAUGCGCAAACUAUAGCUGAAGUGGUCAAUUUUUUUUUUUUUUUUUGGAGGGGGCGGGGGGAUUUCACUGCUUGAGUUUGUAUCAAAACGACUUGUAUCGAAACAAAUUGGAAUCAAAAUGACUGGUUUGGUUUCACAGUCACUAAGUAUUAAACUCUCUUCGGGAAUUGUGGCAGCUCCAGAUGUAUACCCAAAGGAAAUAUAUAAAAAACAAGCAAACUGGCUAAAUGAUAAAACAAUGGUAUUGAAUUCAAUUUGCGAACUAUCAUGGUUGUUCAGUGUCUCACCAUAGUAUUAAGUAAGUUAGUAUGGUUUUACAGAUCAGUCAUUUGCGUCUGCGUUCGGCAUCAACUUCUAGUAUUUUUCAGGUGAGUAUUAAAAACAGUAAAAAUUAAAAAAAGCUUAUAACGUUCAGGUUAAUAGUUCAUAAUCGGAAGAUCUUAUUUUGUUUUACGAAGUUUCCAAAACCUACAACCCAUCGUCUUCGGGAUAAGUGCACAGACGAAAUAAAACGAAUUUACACCGUCUCAUGAUAAACAACUGAGCUGACGAAUUGCGCUGAAAAUCAACACAAGUAAGCUUACAUCACUAUAUUAUUUGAGUUUUCCCGCCCUUGUUUCUUGACGCUUUCUUAAAUUCAUUCACGUUUCAACAGUUAAAUUCACCAACCAAAGAAAAUCAGAAAUAAACAUUUUGCUUACCUUAAGAUUUAUGCAAAAUAUCUGAGAAGUAAUCCUUUAAUUCUCUCCCAAAAAUCCUCCCAAAAUGGUCAAAAUCAGUUACGUGAGGAUUUACCGCGCGCAUUCACUGGAAAACACAAGAAUAAGCAGGCGUUCUUUACGCUACGGAGGAAACCUGGAACGAACAAGACAUUCCCAGCGUUCAAGUGGAGCGUAGAAAACCAAGAUGGCGACCACUUUGGAGAACGCCAAUCCCACCGUUUUUCAACAAAAACAAGAGCGGCUGGUACUUCCAGAAGAAGAGGAUGAAGAUGUUGUUGAUAAGAUCGACGAAAGAGAAGUAUUUGAUAUCCUUUUUAAGCCACUGCUUGUGCAAUUCGGCUAAAUUAUCUGCUUAUAUUGUUCAGGCUUUUUCUAACCUUAGAUCAGGCUCUAUUUCCGUUUCAGUUCGUUGAUGUUGUUUUGCGCGACCACGUAAGAGAGAAUGUAUGGAAGCUGCUAAAAUUGGGCCUGAUCUCAUUAGGCAUUCUCAGGCUUAAAGAACGUCAACAGGGCUGUCAAUCCUACAAGUCUUUAAAUAUUGAGAAUUAAUAGGGAAGGAUGACGUCAUAUUGCACAGUAUAUGACGUCAUUUGUGCAAAAAAUAGUCGUUGACCUGAUCGUCACGAAUUUGCUGAUGUUUCACAUUAUGGUGUACAUUGCAAUGGCAUAAAUUUAACUGCAGUUUAUGAGGAAACAUGCGAUGUUAACAGUAAAAUAGCUCAAACAGCGCAAAAUAUUUAAAAGUUUAUUGUCGGAAAGUGGAGUCUACAACUGAAUGGCAGACUUUGGUGAAUAUCCGGGAGAUUUCAUACUCUAAUCUGGAGACUGGGAGAGUUGACAGCACUGUGUGAAAUAAGGUACACAUUUUAAAUGCACUCUUCAAUCUUUAUGGGCCUUGGGGGGAGGGGGGGGAGUACUCCCUUUAUAUAAGCCAUAUAGGUAUGUGCUGCCCCAAAGGGUAGCGUUUUUGCGCCGUUUUGGUCUGAAAAUGGGUAUAGACUUUGCCCAGUUUGGUCUGGAAUCGGGUAUGAACAUUCCAAAUAAGUAAGAAAAAAGACAAAUACGCAGAUUUGGAAUAGAUUUUAAGAAAUGUCUUUUUGUUGCUGUUCUAAUCUAAGUAGUGAUGACAUUUUUCUAAGAGGCCAGGGCAGUUGACUGGUACAUAAGCAUAAGUAAACUCUAGGGAGCAGGUUUUUCCUUGACUGGUUUACAUCUCAUUCGUGCCAUCAAUGACCCAGAACACCCUCUUACCCUUGAACAGUUAAACGUUGUUGAACAGUCGUUAGUGAAAGUGGAUGAUGACAAUGAUUAUGUCAAAAUACAGUUCACGCCUACAAUACCACAUUGCAGCAUGGCAACACUCAUUGGAUUAGCCAUUCGAGUACAGCUUCUCAGAUCGCUGCCUGACAGGUUNCUGAAAAUGGGUAUAGACUUUGCCCAGUUUGGUCUGGAAUCGGGUAUGAACAUUCCAAAUAAGUAAGAAAAAAGACAAAUACGCAGAUUUGGAAUAGAUUUUAAGAAAUGUCUUUUUGUUGCUGUUCUAAUCUAAGUAGUGAUGACAUUUUUCUAAGAGGCCAGGGCAGUUGACUGGUACAUAAGCAUAAGUAAACUCUAGGGAGCAGGUUUUUCCUUGACUGGUUUACAUCUCAUUCGUGCCAUCAAUGACCCAGAACACCCUCUUACCCUUGAACAGUUAAACGUUGUUGAACAGUCGUUAGUGAAAGUGGAUGAUGACAAUGAUUAUGUCAAAAUACAGUUCACGCCUACAAUACCACAUUGCAGCAUGGCAACACUCAUUGGAUUAGCCAUUCGAGUACAGCUUCUCAGAUCGCUGCCUGACAGGUUCAAGGUAAGUUAACUUGAUGAUAAUUCACUUAAAUCUUAAUAAUAUUAUUAUAAGGCUCAUUCUCCAAUAAUAUGAACAUAGGAAGCAAAUUUGUAUAUCAGCAAUACUAGCAGCAACAUUUUUAUCAGUAGCCUCUUAAAACUGCUGCUUUGUAGACUGGUGUCAGGGAGAUGUUAACCCUUUGAGUGCCAAUAGUGACCAACAGCAAUUUUCUCCGAACAACAUCCAUACACUGUCAACAGAUAAAGUUAUGAGAAUUAAUAAAAUGAUCACUAUAGAGAAAAUUCCAUGAUCUUUUAUCAAAUUCUCUCAACUAAUUCUUAAAGAAAAUGUAUGCAGAUCAGUUUGGAGAAUUUGUAUGUGGAUAUUGGGGCUUAAAGGGUUAACAGCUUUUCUGAUGAGAGUACAGUCAAAUGCCAUUAAUACAGACACUGAGCAGGCCUGCCCACAAAAAGUGUUGGUAUUUGAGUGUCUGUCACUAUUAAGUAGGUUGAAUCUAGAGAAAAUUUGAGGGCUUUAUUUGCCCAGAAAGAAAGUGGAUCAAUUAGGGUUUUGGGAAACUGCCCACCUACCCCUCCCCUAAGCCAACAUUUCGCCCUAAGUGAGAAUUAAGUGAUGAUGUUGAGGGGUAGGUGGGCAGUUUCCCAGAAACCUGAAUUGACCCAAGAAAGUAAGCAAACUGUCGGUAAUAAUGAGUGUCCGUACAGUGAGGUUUGACUGUAUGAUGAGUCAGUCUUUAUUAUCUGUAUUCUUGGGUAUUAUCACUUUUCUAACAGAUUUUUGUUGUCAGUUAUAAGUACUGGUAAAAUUGCAUCAUCGGCUUUUGGGGCUAGUUGAAAUGACGUCUGGGCUAGUAAAUGCUAGCUUCAGCUUGCCUGAAAGGCAAGCUGUAAAAAUAAUCUUCUUUGCACCCUGAAAAGCGGCAUUUUUUUUCUUUUCAAUAGGUUGAUGUGAGUAUUACUCCAGGAACUCAUGCAUCAGAAGAUGCAGGUAUAAGUCUUUUUUAAUUUUUCAUACUAAAAACUUAAUUCAUGAAAAAUAUGACAAACUACCAAUAAAUAUUACUCCUUUGUAAUAUGAAGUACAUGCACAGGUGCUGAUGUUGUUGUAGAACAUCUUGAUAAUGGUUUUUGUGGUAUAAUUAGAAAUCAUAGAGCAUUGAUGAUUUUUACCUCUCUCCCAGAUUUUCAGCAUGCAAAGAAAGUCAUGUCUGAUAGCCCGGGGCAAGUGGAUUUUUCUAUCAGUAUAAUGAAUUCUUUUCUCAACUUGCCCAACAGGCAAGUGAAGAUUUUUGGGGAAUUCAAAUCACAAACAUAAUCAAUCCUUCUUAUUAAAAAUUCUUUUCUCGGGCUAGUACUUAUUAGCUACAGCUUGCCUGUAUGAAGGUCUGUAAAUUAAACUGAUUUUCUUUGCACCCUGAUUUUCAAGAUAUUAGCAGGGCAUCUAAUGUUAUGGGAUAGUGAGAUCAUGUUCAUUUUCAAGAUCUAUCAAACCAUAAUGCCAAUUUAAGGCUGUUUAGCUUGGAAACAUCAUAUAGUUUUCUAUUUGAAAUCUUCUGUUGAAAAAUUCCUUAACUUUACGCAUAAUACCCCUUUCUGUAGCAUAAUGUCGCCCCUCCCUGGAAAUUCUGCAUAAUUUCCCAAUAUUUUUGGUACCCUGUUAGAAGGUCUGUAUUCAACAAUUUAGUUGUGAUAAAUUUGGAACUAAAUGAAACUAUUAUCCGUUUACAGUGCACCAUAAUCAACAUUGACUUGUUGCAAAUUCAGGGACUAAUCUAUCUUAUUACCCCAUUAUUAAGUUAAUUCCCACGUUUGAUUUACAGUUAACAAACAGCUGGCUGACAAAGAAAGGGUUGCUGCAGCUUUGGAAAACACUCACUUAUUGGAGGUUGUGAACCAGUGUCUUGCAGUGCGACAGUGAUAUCUGUGAUUUUAUGGAAGCCAGUCAGUCAAAAUAAUGCCGCCCAAUCAUAAUUUUCUUCCUGUAAUUAUGGGUAGCGGAUAAGGAUAUGAUUAUCCUCAAAGUCAAGGUUUUAGGAUUCAUAUCAAUGUCACAUUUUAAAUACCUGGUGAUUAUGGAGGGAUCUUUCUAAAUUUCCCCAUAACUUUGGUCAAUAAUUUUCAUGGGUAUAGUGACAACGGCUGACCAAGGUGAAUUCUGAUGUCAACACAGAUGAAGUGCUGAAUGAUGUUUCCAUUUUGAAACAUCAUUAAGAAACUGUGUUCUUUACUUCCAUUUUGGCAGUGGAUUUGCCAGUCAUGACAAGGACACAACGUUAUAUACCAUUGCAUAAACAGUGGAACCUGGUUGAUACCGACUUUAGGCCACAAAAGGCUUUGAAUAGAAAAGCAAACACACCAGCCAUAAAUAUAUACAGUCGACUCUCUCUAAACGGACACCUCUAUAAGAUGGACACCUCUGUAAAACGGACACCUAGAGUUGGUCCCUACCUUUUUUCCUCCCUCUAUUUGACUCUCUAUAAGACGGACAUCUCUCUAAGAUGGACAGCUAGUGCCGGUCCCAAAGGUGUCCGUCUUAGAGAGAGUUGACUGUAUCACUCCUUAUCAGACAGCUUUGUGAUCGUACAUGAGAACCAAUAUGGAAACCAUACAAAAAA